ACGUCAAACUGCAGCUGCACUGCAGCCAUGUUUGCCAGCUCCGUGUAGUACGUGCAAAAUGUAUUAUUAUUGCAUUACUGACAUUCUACCAUGAUAACCAAACAGGAUCAAAUAGUUACAGUUAGUUCAGUUACAAAAUUUGUUCCUUUUUAGUCCAUAGCUCUUCAAUAUAGUUCAAAUACUUUGGAAUUUUGAAGUGACUGUUUAAUCAUCUUGAAAGUACGUUGCAGAAUGUCGUUGAUCGAAGGCAUCGGAGACGAGGUGGUGCAGGUGGGCACCGUUGUGUUGGUGGUGUUUGUGUGUGCGGUGGCCUGGUGGACGACCAACAUAACCGACAGCCCCCUCCUCACCACUGUGCUCAUCCUGGAGCGACGCACGCGCAUGCGCCACACCACCAACCACAGGAACCAAGCACAACUCACUGCUACUGCGGUGGCCGUUACCGACGCCACAGGCUCGGGUACCGGGAACGAUACGGGACAAAAUGGCGGAGGAAUGGAGGAGAGGGAAGCGGAUGAAAGGAGAGAAGAGGUGGUGGUGAGUGGAGGGGUGGAGCAGGAGGACGAUGAUAAGCAGGAGGGAGGCAGUGAACAGAGGACGUUAGUUGUGGAAACAGACGUCGAGCCGGCGACCGGCGAUAUUUUCGAGAUCGUAGACGAGGGCACAGCGGAGAGUGAACCGGCUGCUGAGAACACGCCGUCUCUACUGAGAAGGCGUCGACUGGCGUUUUUCGUGAACAGAGGACCGACGCUGAUCGAACCAGUGACGCCAACUGAGCCAACAGUCACUGCCGCUUCCAAUAGUGGGGCAGCAGUCACAGCCGCCUCCAAUAGUGGGGCAGCAGUCACAACCGCCUCCAAUAGUGGGGCAGCAGUCACAACCGCCUCCAAUAGUGGGGCAGCAGUUACAGCCGCCUCCAACAGUGAUACAACUUCGGAGCCGGAGAGAACUGCCAGUCGAAUGGAGCCAGAGGCUGCUGGUGAGACGACCGCCGAUUCUAUACGGAUACGGUUGAAGUACCUCAACGACAAUCAGACGGUGGUCGAGGGUCGGUUGCAGGAGCAGUUGGGUGAUUUCAAAAGGAGACACUUCAGCCUGGAGCUAGCGGCCGAGAAGAUGGUACGUUUGAUCUUCAACGGACAGGUGCUUCAGUGCGACAACGAAACCCUGCAGGGCUACGGUCUGUUCGACAACUGUGUGGUGCACUGCCUGGUCCACAACCAGCGUGUCAGCCAAUCGCAGCGCUCUGUCAGCCAGUCGGCCGGCGGCCAAUCAGCGGCCGGCAACGGUCGAACGGCCACGCCCCCCGAAUGGAACCUCGGAACUGUGCUCUAUGCGUCUCUCAGCAUCUGUCUCGGUUUCGCCCUAUACUGUCGUUACCAGUACUCUCAUCUUUUCACUGUCACUACGUCUGCUGCGUUAUUCGGAUUGUCUGCUAUUUUCGCUGUUACACUUGUUGGACAGUUCCUGCCUGACUCAGAAACGGUUCAUUAGUAACCGGUUACUAUUCUAUCGGCUCCUACCAACUAGAAAAGAAGGAAAUCGUACUGUAACCAGAUAUUUAUUCACUCGAAUACUAUUCAAUCGGUUUUUUCAACUAAAUAGGAAAAUGAGGAGGAAAUCGAGCUGUUAUUUAUUAUUCACUCGGUUACUAUUCAAUCGGCUCCAGAAAAAUCUGAAUCAUCCGGAAACUGUUUAUUAGUAACCGGUUACUAUUCAAUCUGUCGCUAUUCGAUCGGCUGCUUCCAACUAGAUUGAAAAUGUGGAGGAAAUAGUUCUAGUUCAAUAUUCAAUUGAUUUCUUUCAACUGGAAUGAAAAAUGAGGAGGAAAUUGAUUAUUAGCCGUGUACUGCCUGUGAACUAGUUUGAAAUAAACUGUGAAAAAUAUGUUAUCCAAGUGAGUAAAUUGGUGCAUAACAAGCUACUAUCUAACUAAGAAAUAGAUUGGAAUUAUACUUGGAAAAUACAGUAAUCAUUGACACACUAAUUGACUGUGAAAUAUUAAAUUGAUAAUUUUAGUAGGUGAGAAAUGUUUUUAUUUAUCUAGAAUCAAUUGAUGAUGAAAUGAAGACAAUACUAGAUGAGAACCUAUUAUGUUCUCUCUGAUCAGCGUCAUUCACCAACUAUACACCACAUUUGUACACGAUCAAAUUUACAUCAAAUUCUUACAAAUAUAGGUGUUAAUACUUGUCAAACUUCUUAAUUGUCAUAACAUUUUGUUCAAUAUUUAAUGAGUAUUUUAUAUUGGUGGAAAACUUGAACUCUGAAGCUAUAUGACAAGUAUUAGUCUUUUCAACUCUAGUCUAGUCUUUUCAACUCCCUUAUGUGAUAGGAUUUGAUAAAAAUUUUAUCGUGUGCAAAUGAUUCAAAAAAUUAUAAUGCAUCAAUACUAUUUCAAGUAAUACUAUUUUUUUACUAUUUCAAGUGAAAGUUUAUUGCAUUACUCAUUGCUAAAGAGUCAAUCUGUGUAAAAUACAGAUAAUAUUCUUAGAUGAGUAAGUCCUUUGAUCUUUUUUGCUGAGAAUUAAUACUCGAAAAUGAAAAAAAUCCUCGUAGUUGAAGUAUUUCAUUUGUUUUAAUUGAUGAGGAAAUAUUCAAACAGUUGGGGGCCCCAAAUAGUAAUCAUUAAUUUUUCAGUGAUUCUAGGUGAACAUGCAGCAAAGAAGUAUUGAAUCAGUAGAAUUUGAGGAUUAUAUAAAAUAUUGAUCAGAAAAUACUCUUACUAAAGUGCGAGAUAAAUUACUUUUAACACGGCUCUUUCUCGAAUACGGAGAGGUACGAUGCUCUAUCCUCCACUAAUCACUCCCACUACCUAGCAGCAUUCUCCUUCUUUUGUGUCUGAGUGAGAGAGCUUUGUAACGCGACGCGGCAACACUCCCCUCCAUCUAUUGCUGUAAAUGUUCCAAGUAGUGUACUGGUCAGCAGGUAUAUUGGUUUGUGUAUGUCACAGAGAUGUUUUCAUCACAAGAACAUGAAGCAAAAUGACACGGAGCAUCCAAUUGUGCGUAGGAUGUCCGUCUGUGUCCACGCUACAAACUGUGGAGGGAGAAAUGGGUUUCUCCUCUUCAUGUUAAAAGUAAUUUAUCUUGCACUUUAGCGAAUCUUUUUAGUUACUAGUUAAACUCAGAGUUAUUAGAAAUCAAGCAAAUUUCAGUUACAGGAAGUACUCUAUAACCUAGAUGAGGAAAUAUUGAGGAAGAAGUGAAUAUAAUCAUCUAAAGUGAAUAUUUUUAAUUGGUCCAUUUUUUAAAGUUUUUUUGAUGGCAAGAAUAUACCGCAGUCAAGAUUGCAAAAAUAAUAAUUUUUAGUUGAUAAAAUAUUUGUCCUAUUGUAAGAUCGUUGUACGAAGUUCCUUCUUUAGGUUCGAUUUUGAAACCAAUAUGAUCAGUAAUAAAUUAUUUAAAAAAUAUGUAUGGAAAGAUUGAUUUUUUUCAGUUAUCGUAUAUAUGAUAGUUUGACACCU